AUGACGGUACCGCUCAAGGACUACACGCUCUUCACCCCCUACAAGCUGUCGGAAAGCCUCGAGCUCAAGAACCGCAUCGUGAUGUCUCCACUCACCCGUGCUCGUUGCGACCCCGUCACCCACGAGGCCGGACCCAUGCAAGUCGAGUAUUACGCCCAGCGUGCUGGUGCCGGUCUCAUCAUCACCGAAGCCGUUGCCAUCUCUGUGCAGGGAUUCGGCUGGUACGGAGCUCCGUGCAUGUACACGGAGGCACACCGAGAUUCCUGGAAACCAGUAGUAGAAGCUGUUCACGCGAAAGGUUCAAAGAUCUUUUUGCAGAUCUGGCACAUUGGUCGUCAAGGCCACCCAAGCUUCAGUGGAGAUGUGGUCGGUCCAUCGGCCAUUGGCCCAGUCUCCGGUCACACGCGUGAUGUCAAUGCCGAAAAAGCUCCGUACGAGCUCUGCCGCGAGCUUAAAACUGAGGAGAUCUCAGAGGUCAUUAAUGACUUCUGCAAGGCAGCCCGACUGGCAAAAGAAGCGGGAUUCGACGGUGUCGAUAUCCAUGCCGCCAAUGGAUAUCUGCCUGACUCGUUCCUCCAGUCUAGUACCAAUAAGCGUACAGACAAAUACGGAGGCUCGAUCGAGAACCGCGCUCGGUUCUUGUUGGAACUGGUCGAGGCGCUCCAGAACGAGUGGCCUGCCGAUCGUAUUGGCUUAAGAAUGUCGCCCAACGGCUUCUAUGGUGACACCGGCAGCGCCGAUAACUUCGAGAUGUGCUGCUAUGUCGCUGAGAAACUGAGCAAAUAUGGACUCGCUUACUUGGCUACGCUGGAUGGUUUCGGCUUUGGGUUUCAGGAUAAGGGGCGUCUGACCAAACCGUUCGAUGUGAAGAAGAACUUCGGAGGCACAGUGAUAGCCGCCAACAGCUAUACCCGUGACAUCGGUGAGGGGGUUCUAGUGAGCGGCGCAGCGGACCUGGUAAGCUUCGGACGUCCGUACAUCUCGAACCCCGACUUGGCCGAGCGGUUCCUCAACGACUGGCCACUCAACGAGCCUGCCGGCUAUGAAACGUGGUUCGGCACGCGCAUGCCUGGACCUAGCGGCUACAUCGACUUCCCAGCUUACAGUUCUAACUCCAAGAACUGA